UUGACAGCCCCCUUCUCAGAAGGGGCAACAGCCCUGGAGGUGCUUUCCUCCUCCUCUCCCUGCACGGGGGUGUCCUGCAGAAAGGCAACCCCUCUUUGUGGGGCUGAGGCUGCCCUAAUCCUGAGAUUCCUCUUGGGACCUCACCUCCUGUAGGUGAGCCUGAGUGUGUGUCACUUUCUGUUUCAGCUCCAGCUGCUCACCUGGCUCAAGGCCCCGCCCUGCACGGGCUUCCCCAGCCUGGGGCCUCCCCUAAUGGCAGGUAUGUUUCCAUUUUUCUACAUCAGCUGGGAUUGCCUGCCUGUGCAGGCUAAAAGCUGCACCAUGGAGCUCAGUGAGGAAUUGCAUCGCUGCCUAGCUGGAAGUUCGGGCACACAGACCGAGCAGCAGGCUGAGACCCAGAAAAGGAGACUGAGGCCAGAGACACCACACAAGGCUGAGUGAGACCCAGGAGACAGCCUCUGAGAGGACACUUGGAUCCCCACUUGGAAUACAGACCAGAGACCAGAGACCAGGAUGAAGCUGGACUUGGCUGUGUGUUGUGCGCUGGUGCUGAUGCUGAUGACCACGGUGCUGACCAGCACAGGAGCAGUUCCCGUCACCACACCACUCCCGACACUCCUGGGUGCAAGGGGCUGCGACAUGGCCCAAUUCAAGUCUCUGUCCCCACAAGAGAUGAAGGCCUUCAGGAGGGCCAAGGACGCCUUGGGAGAGUCCCUCCUGCUGAGGAACCAGAGCUGCAGCUCCUGCCCACUCCCCAGGACCUGGGACCUGAGGCAGCUGCAGGUGUGGGAGCGCCCUGUGGCCUUGGAGGCUGAGCUGGCCCUGACACUGAAGGUCCUGGAGACCGUGGCUAACUCGACCCUGGGGGACCUCCUGGACCAGCCCCUUCACACGCUGCGCCACAUCCACUCCAAGCUUCAGGCCUGUGUCCCAGCUCAGUCCACAGCAGGCCCCAGGCCCCGGGGCCACCUCCGCCAAUGGCUGCACCGCCUCCAGGAGGCUGAGGAGAAGGAAUCCCGUGGCUGCCUUCAAGCCUCUGUCGCAUCCAACCUCUUCGACCUCCUCGUCGGUGACCUGAGAUGUGUCGCUGAUGGAGACCUGUGUGCGUGACCCUCAGGCCCACCGGCCUCCUGUCCCAGCAUCUUGGGUUUUAUUUAUGCGUCCCUCACGUUUCUUAAUUUAUUGCCACCCAACCACUAUUUAUGUAUUUAUGUGGGUGAAUUGUCAAACUCAGACCCGAUAAAAUAUUUAUUUUCUACUUUUUGUAAGAAUUGUUCAAAUAAAUGAUAAGAAAAUGAUGUUUCCUGUGCUGUGGGGGUGUGGGUACGAUUGUGCGGAUUAGUUUUCUCCCGCCGCCAUAACAAGAUUUCCCAAACUUAGCAUCUUCAGACCACACA